AUGGAUCUAUUGCCAAACUUUUCUUUUGUCACUUGGCUGCUCCUCCUAGUUUUCCUUAGCCUCCUGGUCCUCUAUGGGGUAUGGCCCUUCUGGACCUUCAAGAAGCUGGGCAUCCCUGGCCCACAGCCUGUGCCAUUUUUGGGAACCUUCCUGGGGUACCGUCAUGGAGUCCUGAAUUUUGAUCAGAUGUGCUUUGAAAAGUAUGGCAAAAUCUGGGGGAUUUAUGAUGGCAGACAGCCUGUGAUGGCUGUUUUGGACCCCGUACUCAUCAAAAAUAUCCUGGUGAAAGAGUGCUACAGCAUUUUUACCAAUCGGCGGAACUUCCGUCUGAAUGGGCUCCUGGAGUCAGCCCUCAACGUGGCUGAAGAUGAGCAGUGGAAGAGGAUCCGUACUGUGCUCUCCCCAACCUUCACCAGCGGGAAGCUGAAGGAGAUGCUCCCCACCAUUAAUCAUUACGGUGAAAAAUUAGUGAAAAACAUUGAGAAGAAAGUGGCUGAUGAUGAGUUCGUGGCCGUGAAGGACAUUUUUGGAGCCUACAGCAUGGAUGUGGUGACCAGCACUUCUUUCAGUGUGAAUAUUGACUCCAUGAGCAAUCCCAGUGAUCCCUUUGUCACCAAUAUUAAGAAAUUUCUCCAAUUCAGUUUCCUAAGCCCCGUGUUCGUAUUUUUAGUGUUGUUCCCCUUUAUUAUCCCGGUGCUGGAGAAGAUGAAUGUGACUCUGUUACCCUCCGAGGUUAUGGAGUUCUUCAAGAGUGUCUUCAUAAAGAUGAAGAAGGAAAGAGAAAAGGAGAGCAGCACGGACCGGGUUGAUUUCCUGCAGCUCCUGAUUGACUCUCAAAACUCACACAACAGCUCCAAGUCUGCUGAGGCUGACUCGUACAAAGCAUUAAGUGAUGAGGAGAUCCUGGCCCAGGCUCUUAUCUUUGUCUUUGCUGGUUAUGAAACCACCAGCUCCACCCUCAGCUACAUAUCCUACAACCUAGCCACCCACCCUGAUGUGCAGCAGCGACUCCAGGACGAGAUUGAUGCAAACCUGCCCAACAAGGCCACUCCCACGUACAGCACCAUCACCCAGAUGGAGUACCUGGACAUGGUGGUGAGCGAGUCCCUCCGGCUCUUCCCCGCGGGGGGCAGGAUUGAGAGGGUCUGCAAGAAGACCGUGGAGAUCAACGGUGUGACCAUCCCAAAGGGCACGGUGGUCGUGAUCCCAGCCUACGUUCUGCAUCGUGACCCGGGCUACUGGCCAGAGCCAGAGGAGUUCAGGCCCGAGAGGUUCAGCAAGGAGAAUAAGGAGGCUAUUGACCCCUACACCUUCCUGCCCUUCGGGGCUGGCCCCAGGAACUGCAUAGGAAUGAGGUUUGCUCUCCUCAUCGUCAAGGUGGCCGUGGUCGUCCUGCUGCAAAACUUCUCCUUCCGAACCUGCAGAGACACACCGAUCCCACUGGUUCUGGACACAAAAGGUUUCAUGCAACCAAAGAAGCCAAUCGUCCUGAAGGUGGUCUCCAGAGCCCGUGGUGGUGUGGAGAAGUGA